GUGUGUGUGUGUGUGUGUGUGAUAUGAAACAGCCAAUCUGGCCGUGUCGAUCACCUGACCCCCAAUCCGUAACGUCACAGAGCGGAACGCCAUUAGAUUGAUGGCAGAGCUUCAUCAGGAGUGAAUCAGUUUUUAAUAGAGGAAUCAGUGCGGAGACUUCAUGCGAGGCGCGGAUCGGUGGCUCUUUGUGUGCUCUACUUUCAUCUGUGGAUCUCUAUGGCUGCUGUGAUCGGCUAGGGGCUCGAAUCAGGCUUUGUUUUCGUGUCAGGCAGAGAGUUUGGGCAUGGCGGCGGCUGGAGGGAAGACGUACUCGUUCAAGGUGGUGCUGCUGGGGGAGGGCUGCGUCGGCAAAACAUCGCUGGUGUUACGAUACUGCGAGAACAAAUUCAACGACAAACACAUCACCACUCUUCAGGCAUCAUUUCUCACGAAGAAGCUCAACAUCACAGGAAAGAGAGUAAAUCUGGCUAUAUGGGACACUGCUGGACAGGAGCGUUUUCAUGCCCUUGGACCCAUCUACUACAGAGAUUCCAACGGCGCAAUAUUGGUUUACGACGUCACAGAUGAGGACUCAUUUCAGAAGGUGAAGAACUGGGUAAAAGAAUUAAGGAAAAUGUUGGGGAAUGAGAUCUGUUUAUGUAUAGUAGGCAAUAAAAUUGACCUGGAAAAAGAGCGACAUGUUUCAGUGGAGGAAUCAUACAGUUAA